AUGCUCCUGAGGACUCAAUCCAUGUCCUUAGGGAUUGUAAACAAGCUAAAGAAGUUUGCUGUGGAUAGAGAUGCGGGUAUUGCAGGUAUUGUCAGGGACCACAUGGGAAACUGGGUUUUGGGCUUCCAACAAAAAUGCUACAUCCAUUCGGUCCUUAUGGGAGAGCUUCAAGAUAUAUGUACAGCCUUACAGAUCAUAGAGGAAAGGAGAUGGAGUAGAGUCAUUAUCAAUUCAGACUCUCAGCAAGCUAUAAAUAGAAUCCUACAGGUGGACGAGAUCAAGGAUGCUAAUUUUUGGAUUGUUAAAAAAUGCAGGGAUCUUUGUACGAGGAUGACUGAUAUCAGGCUGGAAUUCGAGGCGAGGAAAACUAAUAGAGUUGCUGAUAGAUUAGCAAAGUUGUGUAGAACCGACGUUAUGUCGGACUAUAAUCUAUGUAUUAUUGAGCAGGCUCCGAAAUCUGUUUCGGAGGUUUUGAUGGAGGAUAGACCUCCAUGA